GGACCGCAGUUGGCCUGGCUGCUGGGAACCAGGAGUCCGCUCCCUAGAUAUUGAAGAACUGCUGCUUCCUUCCCUGUGCCGCCCGCUGCCUGUGAGCCUGGGAAGGAGUGCUGUCAAAGCCAGUCGUUGCGUCCUCUGGAGUCAGUCCAGCUCUGUGGUCGUCAAUAAACUGCCCUUCGAGAUUUCAGCCCCGCUGCGAGGAAGUGCACUGCUUGCCCGGGGCCUUACAUCACAAUGCAUCUGUUGCUUCGGGCUCAUUCUGGCUGCAGAGGCUCCGGGGUGUUUAGCUGAGCCCCGGGGGCUGCGCCGAGAGGGCCUGGGGGAGGGGCGUGGCGCGCGGCAGGAGCCCCACAGGCCUCGGUUCCAACGACCCGAGAGUGGGAGGGAGGGAGAAGGUAGGAGGCCCGGCCUCCUGCGCUGGCCUCCUUCUCAGCCGCACGCUGCCGGGGCCCCAUGGUCCCCGCCGCCAGCGCGCUGCUAUGGGCCCUGCUGCUGAGUCUGGGGCCCCGGGCGGCGGGGGCCCGAGGCCUGACUGCGACCGAGACGCAGCGGGUCAGUUUCCACGUCGGGGUCCCUAUGUCCCGCAACUACCGAACUUCCCUCCGGACCGGGGCUCCCAAGAAGAUGAGGGUGACAAUGGAGGAUGAGGAUGACCUCGUGGCCAGUGCUGACCGCCUGGCAAGCCCGGCCGCCACCGAGCUCUUGGCCUCCACGGUGGCUACCGGCGUCCGUAAGUCGAUUGUGUCGUCGCCGGAGGAGGAUGAGUCUUUGGAAGAGGGCGUUGUGAUUAACGCCAGGAAGAAUAACGUGAGCGGAGGGGUGCUCAGAGCGACUUCCAACACAGUGAGGAUGCCCAGCCCCAGAUUUAAAGCUAACACUCAGGAGCCUGAGAUCAGGAUGUCUUCUUCGGACCAGCCGGCCUCCACCUGGACGUCGGCUGAGGACACCGCUCACCCCUACAGUAGCCAGUGGUCAACAGCAGGCUCCACCCCAAGUCGGUGGCCACACCCCUCGCCAACAGCCAUGCCCCCACCCGAGGAUCUGCAGCUGGUGCUCAUGCCCUGGGGCCCAUGGCACUGCCACUGCAGGUCUGGCACCAUGAGCCGGUCCAGGGCAGGGAAGCUGCAGGGUCUUUCGGGGCGACUUCGCGUCGGGGCGCUCAGCCAACUCCGCACAGAGCACCGGCCUUGCACCUACCAGCAAUGUCCCUGCAACCGGCUCCGGGAGGAGUGCCCCCUGGACACCAGUCUCUGUUCUGACACCAGCUGCGCCACUCAGACCACCACCGCCGCCGCCACCACCACCACCACCACCACCUCUCCCAUACCCCCCCUCAGCGACAGGCUCAGACCCGCAACCCUCUUCUUCCUUGGCCCCAGCCCCAGCCCCAGUCCGGCCCUCGCUUUUUGGAGACGAGUCAGGAUGGGGCUAGAGGAUAUUUGGAACAGUCUGUCUUCAGUGUUCACAGAGAUGCAACCAGUAAAUAGAGAGAAACCGCAGGUAAUGGCCACUUCAUCCACAAGAGAAGGUGUCAGCAUCUCCACCUCCCUACCCUUUCAGUCCCAGAAUCUCCUGGAUAUUUUUAGUACAGAAAAACAAAACUAGAAAAAUCA